UCAGCUGGAGACCGGUAGUAGAAGGACCCCGGUGAACCUCGUGUUUUGAGGGUUUGGAGUUUCGUAUUUUUCGGGCUGAAGAGAAACAGAUUAAACCAUGAGCUCCCAGAUCACCUGUGUCUCCUGGGUAAAAAGAGGCAUCGCCAAGGAAACUCCAGAGAAAGUUGAGCUCAGUAAAGAUGAGCUGCAGCGCAUCAUAGCCGAGGCAAAGGAUGAACUACGGCAAGACGAUGAUGACGAUGAUGUGGAUAAUAAUGACGAUGGUGAUAAGAGCACAGCGAAUAAGCAUGAAGACACUGAAGCUUCAGUACCUCAGGAAAUGAAGGACAAUGAGGAAGAAAAACAAGAGGAAGAAGAUGAGCUCGCGGAGUAUGACCUGGAUAAAUAUGACGAGCAGGACGUCGAGACGACUAAUCUUGGAGACAGUCUGGCGGGCUUGACUGUGUUCGGCAACAAUGAAGAAGACCCUUAUAUCACCAUUAAAGACACAGACCAGUAUGAACGAGAGGACUUCCAGAUUAAGCCUACAGAUAAUCUGAUUCUGGCCGGCAGGGCGGAGAAGGACUGCUGUAAUCUGGAGGUUUAUGUGUAUAAUCCUGAAGAGGACUCUAUGUACGUACAUCACGACAUCCUCCUCCCUGCUUACCCGCUGAGUAUAGAGUGGCUGAACUUUGACCCCAACCCUGAAGAAGGAGCAGGGAAUUAUGCAGCGAUCGGGAACAUGACUCCGGUUAUAGACGUGUGGGAUCUGGAUGUGGUGGACUGUCUAGAGCCUGUGUUCUCUCUGGGCAGCAAGAAAGCCAAGAAGAAGAAGAAGAACAAGAAGGCUGCUGAGAGCGUGGAGGGACACACUGAUGCUGUUCUGGAUCUAUCGUGGAAUAAACUGGUCAGGAAUGUGUUGGGCAGUGCUUCAGCUGAUGAAACUGUGAUUCUUUGGGAUUUAGUGCAAGGAAAACCAGCAACAACGCUAAAAUUACACACAGAUAAGGUCCAAACUCUGAAGUUUCACCCAUUUGAGGCUCAGACCCUUGUCACUGGGUCUUAUGAUAAGUCUGCUAUUCUGUACGACUGCCGGAGUCCGGACUCCAGUCAUCGGAUCUGGCGGUUUAGUGGGCAGGUGGAGAGGCUGGUGUGGAAUCAUUUCUCUCCGUGCAACUUCCUUGCGAGUACAGACGAUGGGUUUAUUUACUGUUUGGACGCCCGGUCAGACAAGCUGGUGUUUACCCUGAGGGCACAUGAUGGAGAAGUGUCAGGUAUGGAUCUCAGCAGUCAGGUCACUGGCUGUCUGGUAACGUCUUCAGCUGACAAACAAGUGAAGAUCUGGGACAUCCUGGGCAACAAGCCCAGUUUAAUUCACUCCAGAGAUAUGAAAAUGGGCGUGUUGUUCUGUGCAGCCUGCUGUCCUGACCUGCCGUUCGUCUACGCGUUUGGAGGACAGAAGGACGGACUGCGAGUGUGGGACAUCAGUGAUGUAGCUGCUGUGUCCGAGGUUUUCGGAGGUCGGGAGCGCUUGGUGGCUAACGCGGUGUCUGGAGCUUCCAGCAGUGGUUCUGCUGAUAUGGAGGUCUCAUAACUUUCUGCAUUUGACUCAAAUACACCAGAGGAACUGAUACUCCUCCUUAAAGAAGAUCCCAAGUCCGUACUUGACUCUAUAUGGAAGGAGAUUUUCCAUAACUUAUUUAUGUAGAGAAACAAAGGACCAUUAAGUAAAGGAACUUCGCUGCUGAAUAAUCAGAAGAUCUUAUUGGUGGUUUUCUUUUUCGACCAAAACACCAAAAAAACACUCAAAAAAUCUGUAGAUAUUAUGCUGUUAUUUGCUUCAAACAGAAAUGAUCUGUUGUGUAUGCACUUUUGGUAAAAGGUUUACAGCAUAUGUUGACUUCACAUUGACAAUUCUUCAUGUACUUAGUAAUUAAUAUUAAGGAGAAGUAACUUAAUAUGUCAUGAUAUGCUUUUAUUUAAGCAGAUAACAUUAAAGGGAUGGUGUGAUGUUCAUAAUGCAUUUUUAUGCAACACAAAGCGAAAGUAAUUUGGCUUUAAAAGUACCGUAUUUUUCGCACUAUAAGGCGAACUAUCAAUAAACAUCUCUUUUCUCGUCUAUUUUUAUAUAUAAGGUGCUUUUUAUGUGACUCUAGUAAGGAACAGGGGUGUCCAGUGUCACCAAAACUGUAAACUGUCUUAAAAAAAAUAUUUUAGACGAGUCAUACAAGUGAAACAAGUGCUGGAUGUUAAUCUACACAGAUUUCUCUCUUAAAAACUGUUUAUUUGGGUGAGUUAAGCGCUUCUGUUUAUUUACAGUAAGCUUAGAUUUCCAGAUUUCCAAAAAAGCUGGAGUAUUAGCUCUUAGCGCGGUUAGUGAGAAAUGCUAAUGAUGCUCCCGAAGUGCUAGCUGAGGUUAGCAGCAGGCUACAGGCUGAUAAUACUCACCUCUGGAAGGCCAAAGAGCUAGUGCUUCACACGAUUAGCGGCUAAUGCUAAUAGUACUGGUAAAAUUCAUACAUAAGUCACACUGUCAAUUUUUGGGAAAAUUAAAGGAUUUUAAGUGAACCUUAUAGUAUGAAAAAUACGGUAAUUCUAACUCCACAAUACAUUUGAAUUACGCAGAUUUACUGUUGACUGCAAUGGUUUGGGAAUUCUUUGUGAAUUAAAAAGAAGAAAUAAGAAUGGAAAUGUUCAGUUACUUUCAGUUAGAAAGUCUCAGAAGUGAAUGCAGUUGAAUUAGGCUAUUAAUUAAUUGAUUAAUUGAUUCAGUAAGACUGGAGGUGAGGCAGCCACAGAGUUGUUGUUGUUGUUAUUAUUGAUUAUUAUCAGCAGAUGAUCAUUUUAGAGCAGAAUAAAUAUUGCCUGUUUCAGCCUGACAUAUAACAACUAUAACAGCUGUAAGCUCCUUUCAGCAGUUGACUGAAUUAAUAAAAUUCAUUUUUAAGUGUU